ACAGACUGAGAUCAGUGCUGGUUGAAUACACACUAUAACUGUAUGCAGCUGAGACGAAGGGCUUUACAAAGAUAGAGAAGCAAGCUGAAGAAAGGGCUGGACGAUACUUUAACGGAGCUCUGACAGCUGGAGCGCUGCUCUGGUUUUAGCAGCAACCUUUUCAGUCCAGGUGGAUUUUAAUAUUAAUGCUCAUUUGAACAGACUAAAAGGUGUAUCUGUUCACGGACAUGUUUAAAAGGCAGAUCCAUGAGAUGUUCUGGUAGACCCUGACAGAGUCUCAGAUGAGCUUGGCGUCAUGGGAUCAUCCACACUGGGGAAGGCAGCGUCUCUUGAUGCUCUUUUAAAUGAAUGCAUUCAUGGAUUUGAUGACAGUGGUGACCUGCAGGCUAACCCCCUCCCACGCAUUGUGCUGCUGAUGCACCGUUGGUAUGUUACAUCCUCUGAACUGGCGCGAAAACUUCUGAUGAUGUACCGUAACUGCAGCGGUGACAACUGCCAAAGAACCAGGCUGAAGAUUUGUUAUUUAAUGAGGUACUGGAUAGUAACAUUUCCUGCAGAGUUCAACCUGGACUUGGGUCUGAUUAGAAUAACAGAGGAGUUCAGAGACGUGGCAGCUCAGCUUGGCUGUGAGGAGCAUUUCAAAUUCAUCGACAUCUCAACCAUUCCAUCAUACGACUGGAUGAGAAGGAUUACCCAGCGGAAAAAGCAAACCAAAAAAGGGAAGGCCUCCCUGUUGUUUGACCACCUGGAACCCAUAGAGCUGGCUGAGCAUCUCACCUUCCUGGAAUUCAAAUCCAUCCGAAGGAUAUCGUUCACUGAUUACCAGAGCUAUGUGAUCCAUGGCUGUUUGGUGGACAACCUGACUCUGGAGCGCUCCAUUGCUUUGUUCAACGGCGUUUCACAAUGGGUGCAGCUGAUGGUUCUCAGCAAACUCACACCUCAGACCCGUGCAGAGGUCAUCACAAAAUACAUCCAUGUGGCACAGAAACUCCUUCACCUGCAGAACUUCAACACUUUGAUGGCGGUGGUGGGGGGCCUGAGCCAUAGUUCAAUUUCUCGCCUAAAGGAGACUCAUUUAUAUUUGGCUCCUGAAGUAGUCAAGAUCUGGAAUGAGAUGACAGAGCUGGUCUCUUCCAACAACAAUUACUCUUGCUACCGAAAAGCCUUCAAUGAGUGCCAGGGAUUUAAGAUCCCAGUACUGGGUGUGCACCUAAAGGACUUGAUUGCAGUGCAUGUGGUGUUUCCUGACUGGAUUGGUGAUGGUAAAAAGGUGAACCUCGUGAAGAUGCAUCAGCUUUACAUGACCUUCAAUGAGCUGGUGUCCCUGCAGAGUGCGGUGGCCCAAGUUGAACCCAACAUGGACCUCAUCUACCUACUAACGCUUUCGUUAGAUCUGUAUUAUACUGAGGAUGAGAUUUAUGAGCUGUCAUUGCUAAGGGAACCCCGUAACUCUAAAUUGCCUACCUCUCCAACAACUCCCAACAAGCCAUUGGCCCCACUGGACUGGGCAUCUGGUGUCGCUACCAAACCAGACCCCUGUCUGGUCAAUAAACAUAUCAGGAAGGUAGUGGAUUCUGUGUUCAGGAAUUAUGACCAUGACCGGGAUGGAUACAUUUCUCAAGAAGACUUUGAGAGCAUUGCAGCCAACUUCCCCUUGCUGGACUCUUUCUGCGUUUUGGAUAAAGAUCAAGAUGGAUUGAUCAGUAAAGAUGAGAUGAUAGCAUAUUUCCUUCGGGCUAACCCUCUGCUGCAGUGUAAGAUGGGACCAGGAUUCGUCCAUAACUUUCAGGAGAUGACAUACCUGAAGCCCACGUUCUGCGAACAUUGUGCUGGAUUUCUCUGGGGGAUCAUCAAACAGGGGUACAAAUGCAAAGACUGUGGUGUUAACUGUCAUAAACAAUGCCGUGAGCUGCUGGUUCUGGCCUGUAGGAAGCUGAUUCGCUCCGGCUCUCUGGGCAGCGUUUCUCCAGUCAGAGGAACUCACAGCUCACUGCCCAGCAGCCCCACGUUGCCUGCCUGUCAAGAUGAGGACGAGGUGUUUGAGUUCCCCGCUGUCACACCAGCAGUUCCAGCUCUCGACACUCAGUCCAUCACCCUGAUGACGGGCUCAGCCCAGAGAAUCUCUGUGCGCCUGCAGAGAGCCACCAUAAGCCAGGCUACCCAGACUGAACCACUGUGGCCUGAACAUGCCUGGGAGGCGGCAGACAGUGGUGCUCACACCUUCCCCAAAAUGAAAUACAGGACUCACAGGAAAAUGUCUAAAAACAAGGGUUUUGCCUGCUGGGAAAACCAGAGUGGCAGGCAGUACCAGGCAGGUUCUGCACCGCACUGCACUGGAAGCAGUGUAGACUCCCAGGAGAAGCCAGACGUCUCUGUAGAGCAUGUACAGAACAGGGUUACACACAGAACAAAGAACAGCUGACUCGGUUACAGUGGUGAGAAGCACUCGUGGAGAUCCAGAAAGCCCCUAGUCGCUAAGACCAGGAGCUUCAGGGGGAUAUUCUUGGCUUUCUGAGGUCCCCCUUCAAAAACAUGGAGUCAUCAUGUCCUCUCAAGACUUCAGCACAAUACAGACAGAGCGACAUAGAGCUGAAGUCAGGGAGAAGAGCUCUAUAACAUACAGUCUUUUAGCUCCAGGCAGAAAGGCACAAGAUGAAGGUUUUUCCUUAUGGAUUGUUGGCCAGUUGCUUUACAUCGUCGAGCUUUCAAAUGGAGCUCAGGAAGAAUGUGAACAGAAAUGAUCUGGUGUUGGAUUUUAAUAAAGAGAUGCAGCAUCAAGAUCCUGAUGUCACAUGAUCAUAGCAAAGGGAAUUUUUUGGAUGUUUGUAUGUGUAGAUGGAAAUAAAAGGAAACAGAACCUGAAUGUAAAGGGAAACCAACAGAACAUUUAGCACAAAGACUCAUGAAACAGCAUUUCUAUAGUGACAGCUGCAGAGCGGCCCACCUUAAUUUUAUCUUGCAGGGUUUUUUUCAGCAAAACAAAUGCUGCAGACAACCUCAAUCAUUCUGUUGUGAUCUCUCUCUCUCCCAUCAUUGAUCUUUUAUCAAAGAUGAUAAAAGCAUUUUUUACAAAUGCUGUACACCAUCAAGUGUGGAAGGUUUCAUAAAUAUGCGUUGUGCUUUGUGUUUUCCUAUUUUUCUGUGUCAAAACAAAUAAAAAGUACAUAUUUA